AUGAAACCUCUUUCCUUCCCGUUUCCUCUCAACAUCGGUACAGACAUUGUCCAUAUACCGCGUAUAACGCGUCUCCUUACGCAUCCCGGCGACUACCUCACGCGCUUCACCCGCCGCAUCCUCUGUGAUCAAGAACAGCAGGAUUUCCACAGGCGCUUCGGUGAUAGCCUUAAAGCACGCUCUUUCUGUCACAAACACCCGCCUCCGGUCCCGUCAGACGUAACGCGAUGGCUGGCCGGACGAUUUGCCGCAAAGGAGGCUGCGCGCAAAGCUGCGCCGGCAGGUGCGGCCUCACUUGGGUGGAAGGACGUUAUGAUCCGGGUUCAGGAAGAUGGGGGGCACUUUGGAGAGGGUGUGAGUCGAAGACCAGAGAUUAUCUACUUGGGAAAUAAUGAAGAUGGGAAUGAAGGAAGAGUUGCCAAACUGUCCAUUUCUCAUGAUGGGGAAUAUGUGGUUGCUACAGUUCUGGCGACAGGCUGA